AUGGACGAGUUAGCACAGACCGUAGUCAUCCCCUUAGCAAUAUUCAUACCUUUAUUUCACGAAAUCGCUAAUAUUUCUAAUGAUAUUACUGACUUAUAUAAAACCGCUUAUACAAACAAAAGAAUUUGUGGUGUGCUACUCGACAGGGUUCAAGCAGCCGAGGCCGCAGUAAAAAACUUGAUUAUUCGUGAAAAAGAACGAUCUGAGUUUUUUACUGGCCCUAAUAAUGUUAUUAUAAGAAGAUUGGUUGGUACUAUGAAAAAUAUUAGAGAUUUUAUCAAAGAAAUUAGUAAGCUUAAUAGUUUGAGAAAAUAUCUUGUCAGCAAAGGGAUAGAAGAAAGAUUCAAAGAGCUUACCAAAGAAUUUGAUGGUUACAUGUCCAAUUUGAAAUUUACGAUAACCAUCGAAUUAAGAGCGCAAAUCGAGAGAGAUAAUUUGGCCUUGCGUACUGAUCAAGAGGAAACGAAUCAGCUACUUUUUCAACUUGCAGAAAGUAUAAAUUUUAACCAGAAAAAGGUCGAUAAUGACAUCAAUUAUAUUAAGGAGGAUGUAGUGAGCAUUAAAAAAGACGUUGCUGAA